UACCACCAGUACCACCACCACCAGUACCACCACCACCACGGCGUCAACCGAAGAAGGUCGUGUGUUGUUGGACACUUGGUACGUCAUCAAACCAGGUAACACCAAGGAGAAGGUGGCAUUUUUUGUGGCACAUCAAUGUGGUGGUGGUGGUGGUGGCACCAGUGGUGGUGGUGGUGGUGGUGGCACCAUCGGUGGUGGUCGUGUCACCACCAUGAAGGUCAAAGGUCAUUGGAGUAACGAGAGUUCUAAAGCCAAACGACGUCGCCGUUGUCAUGACCCAACCAAGAACAUGGUUUGUCCCCAUCCUGGUGGUGACAUCAUGGGUGAAACUCCUGAUUUAUUAUCGGUGGCCGAGAUGGUGGCUUUGGUUGAACGUAGGACGGCGUUGGCUUUACAGAACUUUCCUCCUCGAGCUUCUGGUGUCUCCAACUUCUUUGGAGAAGACACCAAACCACUCAACUUCACCGAUUGUAACCGCGUGGCCGAAGCCGUCGCUCAUUUCGAGUCGCGUCAACGAGAACAUGGUGGUGGUGGAGUUGGACUUGGUGGAGUUGGACUUGGUCAACCCAAUGGGUUGUGUCACUCAAGCACUGAACAUGCCACCACCACCACAACCACCACAACCAUGGUGUCACCAUCAUCAUCAUCAUCAUCAUCAACUCCUGGUGAGGUUCGUAUCGCGUUCCGUAUCUCCAGCGGUCGCGACUCACGUGCCACCACCGUGGUUGAACCUGGUGCCGUUGGACAUCAUCCCAAUUGUGUUUUGAUGAGUUGUGGUGGUGGGACAUCCAAUGGUGGUGGGGGUGGUGGUGGUGGUGGUGGUGGUGGACGUUCCAAGGACAAGAUCACUUGUGAUCUCUACCAACUCAUCAGCCCAUCCCGCGACGCGUUACCCAACAACGUUGAGUUCCUCUUGGCCAACGCUUCACCUAAAGAAGAUGGUGAUGGUGGUGACGUGGAUAUGGGAUCUACUGAAGGUUUGGUUAACACCAUCAAAGCUGAGAUGAUUGAAGGAAGCAGUGAUGGGACAUUGACCACCACCACCACCACCACGACAACCACCACCACAACAAGAGAUUGCUCCUCUGGUUUCCACGUGGACGUGGUGGUGACGGGGGUGGUGGAUCAAUGUGUUUUCUUCGGUAAAGACAGCACCAAGAAGAUGAAAGAAGAAACCAUCAACCUACCACCAACCACACAAGAAGAUCCACCACCAGGACAACUUUUUCUUCUCCCUAUCGUUGAGGAAACACCAAGAAUGGAGGAGACAGAGAAGGUUGAAGAACGUUCCACCAUCCCUGACCCUUCUCUAUGUCGUUUGUACCGUCACGUCUCCCACGAUUUCUUGGAGAUCAGGUUUAAGAUCCAACGCUUGUUAGAACCAAGACAAUACAUGUUCCUCCUCCCAGAACAUCUCAUGGUGAAGAUCUUCAGCUACUUACCCACCCAAACUUUAGCAGCUUUGAAAUGUUCUUGUCAUUAUUUCAAAUCCAUCAUCGAAACUUUUGGGGUUCAAGCCACCGAUUCCAGGUGGAACCGGGACCCUCUUUAUCGUGACGACCCUUGUAAACAAUGUAAGAAACAUUAUGAGAAAGGAGAUGUCUCCUUGUGUAGGUGGCAUCCCAAACCUUACCACCAUGACCUACCUUAUGGGAGAUCUUACUGGAUGUGUUGUAGAAGACCUGAUAAAGAAGCUCCUGGUUGUAAGGUGGGUUUACAUGAUAAUAAUUGGGUUCAUCCGGCCAAUCGACGGGAGGAUGGAAGGUGA